GUUGCCUUGGCUUUCUUUAAGUAUUUGUUUGGAUUUCAAGACUCGUAUCUCCAGUCGAUUUAGAACCGUGACAUGAAUUUAGAGGUUCCCCUUGUGUGUGUUUUUGUGUGUAUGCUUUCAUGGCAGAAAGUUCUUUGUUGAAAUGGAACUCCUCCUGUUCAUGAGAAGUCUCUUGUGGAAGUAAGGAAGCAGUAUUACUGAAGAAGACAAUUGAGGCAUGGUUGGCAGUUCUGCAUGGUUCAACUUGCCUAUUUAUGUUUCUUUUUCUUUAUCUGUUGCAGCAGUAGGUAUUAUAGCAUUUGGGAUAUAUUUUUUAUUAGUGUCAUACAACAUGAUUCCAUAAGGUUGGCCCGAUGUCGCUUUUCGAAUGUUGUUGUUGCAUCUUCUAGAAGUCAGAUGCCCCGCUUGAAACAAUCCAAAUUGGUUGUUUCUUUGUGUCUCGUCAAUUUUAUAAUAUACCAUUAUUUUCUGAUAAGGAUCAUACUAAUUCUUUGUGAUACUUAAAUCAGUAAAAUGUUUCAGAAAGUGAUUGAGCCCUAAGUGUCUGCCUACUUGGGAGAGACUGCCCAAACCAUAAUUACAAAGGACUAUAGUGGAAAAGUUUUCCUUUUGGAGACCAUGUUGACUGACUAUGCUUAUGACUGAUUGAUUGAAAGAUGCUUAGGUUACGAGUGUCAAACCUCUUGACAACUUAACUGGUUCCAUGUGUCGAGUUCCCAAACAUAGCCUUAUCAUCUAUUCGUUGGAUAAAUAGAGUAAAGCUGUCAUGAAAUCACUGACUACUCAUGCUUUCCAUCUCUCGUUUGCAGCAAGACUGGAUGUUCUAAUGGACGCCAAACGUGGUGAUCGAUCAGGUAGCAACUAUUCCAACUACGAAUCUCCUCCGGUCUACAACGUUGAAGAGAUCCGUCCUCAUGGUGGAAUCAAGAGGUUCAGAUCUGCUGGCUACUCCAAUUGCGCUCGCAAGCCCUCCUGAUGACCACAAGUGACACUCUUCCAGAACGCACGCGAUUGCAUUACUCGCUCGAUUUGAUCUGCAUACAUACCGUUUCUACUCACUUGUGUGACUGUUUCUUCCGAUAUCCCACCGAAAUGGCAUCGCCUGUCUCUGCAAUUGGAUUCGAGGGAUUCGAAAAGAGGCUUGAGAUCUCAUUCUCUGGGCAUGGAAGAAGACAAGACCUUCGAUCCCUCUCCAUGGCACAACUGGAUACCAUUCUGCGACCAGCUGAGUGCACGAUAGUAGCAGCACUGUCGAACAAGUUUGUGGACACCUAUAUCUUAUCCGAAUCCAGUCUCUUCAUCUACCCUCACAGGAUCAUCAUCAAGACCUGUGGCACCACAAGGUUGCUCCUAUCGAUCCCUCCUCUCCUUCAUCUGGCUGCAGACUUGUCUCUCUCGGUUGCAUCUGUAAGAUACACUCGCGGAGGCUUCAGAUUCCCAGAAGCACAGCCGUUCCCUCAUCGCAGCUUCGCGGAGGAGGUUGCGGUCCUCGAUAGGCACUUCACUCGGCUUGGUUGCAGCAGCAAAGCAUACAGUAUGAGUAGCUCGCUGAAGUCUCAGCAAUGGCAUGUGUACUCUGCGACUGCGGCGCGCUCCGACCGACCUCUCUACACUCUCGAAAUGUGCAUGAUGGGUUUGGACCGCAAACGUGCUGCAGUCUUCUACGGGAAGCAGCACAACACAGCGUCCGAGAUGACCAUUGCUUCCGGGAUCAGCGACAUCCUUCCCGGCUCCCAGAUAUGUGAGUUCCAGUUCGAUCCCUGUGGUUACUCCAUGAAUUCCGUCGAAGGAGCUGCCAUCUCCACCAUCCAUGUGACGCCGGAGGAUGGAUUCAGCUACGCCAGCUUCGAAACGAUGGGUUAUGAUGCUGAGGUGAUCGACUUGGGCCGGCUGAUUACUCGGGUUUUGGCGUGCUUCAGACCCGCCGAGUUCUCGAUCGCGGUCGAAACAGAUGGCGUCGGUGAGGGAUCGCCACGGGGAGUUGCGUUGGAUGUGAGUGGGUAUGUCAGCGGAGAGAGAAGGUACAAGGAGAUGGGAAGAGGCAGUGUGGUGUAUCAGAGUUUCAAGGCAUGUGACUGUGAAUCUCCGACAUCAAUUCUGAAGAAUUUGUGGGAUGAUAUGGAUCCUCACAGGUCUAAUUUGUAGAGGUACGUGGGUGAUUCAACAGAGUUUUAGAUGUAUUGUGGUAUCAUUCUCUCUCUCCCUCUCUCUCUCUCUCUCUCUCUCUCUCAGAGGUACGUGGGUGAUUCAAAAGAGUUUUAGAUGUAUUGUGGACUCUCUCUCUCUCUCUCUCUCUCUCUCUCUCUCUCUUGCAAGCAACACCCUAAAAUU